AUGGACAAAGAAAACAACUCCGAUUCACCAUCACCUUCCAUGAAACGUAAAGAACAAAUAGCUUUACCAGAUACAGCAAUUGAUGCUUAUGUUCAAUGUACUGAAGCAUUUUAUCCAAAUAUAAAAAUUUUAUUGAAAAUAUUUGCAACUUUACCAGUAUCAACAGCAACUACAGAACGAACAUUUUCUGUCCUAAAGGUAACAAAAAUAUCAUAUUAG